AUGGAGAACGCCGGGUUUCUCUCUAAAAUUGCCGGCAAUCUUGUCAAGAGUGCGGCUAGUGGCGAGAUGGUUACUGUGGGCUCAUUUUGGAAGACACAGACCUGUGUUAUCCAUUUCAUGCGUCGGUUUGGAUGACCUUUGUGCAGGCUGGGUGCUAAAGAGUUGAGCUUACUCAAGCCCCAGCUAGAUGCACACAACAUCCGCCUUGUUGGUGUUGGACUUGAGGAGUUUGGCCUUGAGGAAUUUGUAGAAGGGAAAUAUUGGGAUGGAGAAUUGUAUGUUGAUCUUAAGAAGCAGACUUAUGCUGAUAUUGGGUACAAGCGAUUUUCAUAUUGGAAUAUUUUGGCUGCCGUAUUCAGCAAGAAGGCAAGAGAAGCUCUAGCAAAGAGUAAAGCUGCCGGCAUCACAGGCAACAUGAAAGGAGAUGGUUUAGGGACAGGAGGAACUCUCAUUGUCAGUAAGGAGGGAAAAGAAGUCCUUCUGAAUUUCAAGCAGUCCUCUCCUGGUGACCAUGUGCCAUUGGCUGAUGUCCUGAAGGCACUUGGUAUUGAUGAACCAGUUCCGAUUAUGGAAACUUCCAAAUCUGCCGAAGAGAACAAGGGUGAUGCAGCAGAGGGAGGCAGACUAUAGAUGUCACUGAAAGAAUACACAUUUGACAUUGAGAGAUAAGAGAAAUAAUGUGGUAAUCUCUCCUCUAGUCUCAGAAUUCACAAACUUGUACUUCCAACUGCAGACAUUGAUGUUUCCAAAGAUCUUGGCUGAGCAGAGUACUUGUUCUCUAGUGAGCAAGUUCAGUAUUUCAAAAAGGUAGGUCAUUUGAGAAUAAAAUGUGAAAUCACAACAGCUUGAAUGUUUUUAGUUGUGAGGGUGGAUGUAUGACCACACAGAUGUUGCUGAAUUCAUACAUAAUGAUAUUCUUCAAUGACCUAAAAUGCACUACAUGUUGUGCAUGUGAUGUUGAAAUAUAAAAUUGGCUCAUUCAAUAGAAUUCUAUUCACUUGACUGUACAUUUUGUUAAGAAUGUCAAACUGUCAUAUUGAUUUCAUGUUUUUGUUUGUUGACAACUCAUUGAACCAAAAAGUGGUUCUCUUAAUAAAAAUUAAGGGUUAGUAGGAUGUUGUGAAAAUCUAGCUUCAGAAACAUUUUGCUGGUAUUGGUAUGGGCAAUCAUGCAUAAUUGUUACAAAUUCUGCUACUUGUUGCUCAAACUAGGAAAUUGUGCAAUUUAACAGUUUCUGGGCCAGUAUUUCAGUCUUGUGAAAUGUUAAUUUGAACCAAAGCACUGUUAGGGUAGUUUUCAGACUGCCGAUGUUAGCAAAUGAUUUAAAAAUGUCUCUAUAUUUCUUGAUGUUUUUCCAAGUUGAUGAUCUUACUGAAUUCUGUGGUCAACUGCUCUAUGAUGUCGCAAGGCUAAACUCGUUAUCACGUGUGUCUUGUAACUGAUUCUGUCUCUGCAUUUUGCCACUUUACUCAGUAUGUUCAUCAGCCUGGGAAUCCAAGAUUAGCUCCUAGAGUGGUUAAGUGUGUAAUUGAGAUCGCAGAUUAAAUUGUUCUGUGAAGUCAA